AUGAACAAACAAUUAUUCUUAAGAUUAUUUAAUAACAAAACUUUGUUUUAUAUAAUUUUUAACUAUGCUAAUUAUAUAUUUAAGAUAGUUUUGAAAAAGAAUAUAGUUUUCAAAUGGAAUAAAGUUAUUCUUUCACCAAGUAUAUUGGCAGGUAAUGGAUAUUUAGAGUUGUUAAAACAUUACGCCAAUGAACAUAGAUACUCUAUUAUCUACAAUGCUUAUAGUGUCUUGAAUAACUCGAUUAUAGCAAACCAUUUGAAUAUUAUUAAAUAUUUAUGUGAAGACUUGAAAGUAGAUAGUUUAGCGAAGGAUGAUAAAGAUAACUUGUUUAGACUUGCAUCUCGAUUUUCUAGAUUACAGAUCAUCCGAUAUCUUGUUGAAGUGUGGAAUAUAGAUUUAGAUUACUAUGCUGCUUUUAUAGAGUCACCAUUAUCCGGUGAUAUCACCAUUGUAAAAUAUCUAUCGGAACAGAUAGCCGUUGCUGACAUCAAACAGAAUCGAUAUCCAAAGACCGUGUUUGAAAUGGCAGCGAAAUCAGGAGAUGUCAAUAUCUUAGAAUGGCUCUAUUCUAAUCAAUCGGUGUGUCACACUGCUGGUUGGGGAUCAGUUUAUCACAGUGCAAUAGAAGGUGGUCAUUUACCAAUGGUUGAAUACCUGUUGGAGCGUAAUAAUCAUAAUAAUAAUAUUAACAAUAAUAUAAAACAGAGCUUGGAGUUAGAUAGUUAUCUACAACAAACACGUAAAUAUAUCAUUGAUUUCGGAAUUGAAAAAGAUAAAUUGGAAAUAGUAAAACUAUUGCAUAGUGUUUGGUUUAAAAAUCAAAAUAAAGAAUUUAAGUCGAACAAUGCUUACAAGUUUGCUAUUAACAAUGGUAACUGUGAGAUGCUCGAGUGGUUGGAGGAGAAUGUUGGCGGUUUCACUUCUUCUUCAGUGAACAGUGAAACAUUAAACAUUGCAGCUGCUAAAGGUAGAUUGGAUUUGGUUAAAUGGAUAUAUGGGAGAUGUGGGGAACAAUGUUUCAAUUCUAACAACGAUAGAGAAUUCUCUGCUCUGGAUUUUGCUGCUGCCAAUGGACAUUUUGAGUUGGUCAUUUGGAUGAAUGAGAAUAUCAACUUUGGCGGAUGUUCUAGUCCAUCUACAAACGCAAUAGACUAUGCUUCAAAGGGUGGAUAUCUAGAGAUCAUUCAGUAUCUUCAUAACAACCGAUAUUGUUGUAGUGAAAAAGCGAUGGAUAAUGCUGCCAAGUACAACCAAUUUGAUACUUUGAAGUGGUUGCAUUUAAAUAGAAGUGAAGGUUGUACUACAAAUGCAAUGGACAGUGCUGCUAAAUCAAAUCAUAUAAAUAUUGUAAAGUGGUUGCAUGAAAAUAGGAGUGAAGGUUGCACAACUAACGCAAUUGAUAAACCUUCUUUGAGAAGUGAUGGAAUAACAUAA